UUUUGCGCAAUCAUAAAACACGAAUUUCUUGAAGAUAUAAAACUGAAUAAACAGCUGAAUCAACCGCGGGCUCAAAAAAUGAAACUGGAGCAUGUACUAAAGCAGAAUCAAAAAAUUUUGGACUUGUAUUGUAAACUUGAUAUAUUGCCCAAAGCAAGAGAAGUAUUAAAUUCAGCAGAGGUACCCUACAGAUAUGGCAAUUUUGUAAUCAAAAUUGACAAGGAUUUUGAUGAGGGGACUGACCUGAAUUCGUUGAAAUUAGAAGAUUGGUUGUCCGAAGAUGGAGAAAAUCCUGUUAAGAAGGCUAGCGUAAAGAAAAGUACUAAAAAAUCAUCCUGGAACUGUUUGAAAAAACCUCCAACAGAGACCUCACAACCUCCAACUGAUACCUCACAACCUUCACCUAAGGGAGAAAAUUUAAAUUCAAAAUUGGUGACGAUUACAGAAGAAGGAUCAGAAGACGGAGAAGAAUGA